AACAUAAACUGCUAGAGGACGCUGUGAGACCGUCAACAACUCAAACAAGGACACGCAUCAGUAAAAUAAGUCGAUCCCUGUUGAUUCCCUUUAUAGAAAAUAAUUAAACCAGCUAAUUGAGAAAAUGCAAUCAAGUUUCAUGACUGUCAUUGUGACAUUCUUGCGGUAACUGGUAAAUUUGGUAUUUCCCGCGGAGUUCCACUUUGACCGUUGCUCUCUGACCUUACGUUUACGGUGGCCAAAGCAAAGUUGUGCUGACCUGACAUCUUUUCCCAUUGAUUUCGGCUGUUUCUGAGGUUUGUAAACUACGGGAACGGUCCACCAUGCUGCUAAAAACUUUGUUCAGAUCUAAACCUACCAAAGAACACUGUGCGAUGGUUUUAUUCGGUAGAAACUGCUCCGAAUUUGUGCGCCCCCCUCCCAUCAGGACAUCCACUCGCCAGCAGACGACACAAACGCCGGACACAGAUCAACUUCAACAUCUUCAGAACGAACUUUCCAACCCCAAGUUUUCCUAUCUUCACUGUCAUGUUCCUGAGAUUGUGGAGGUUUGUCAGAGAGACAUGUUAGUUCACGAGAACUUCAUCUCAGAAGAGGAAGAAGAAAUACUGUUCAAGGAGGUGGAGCCAAAGUUGAAGAGAAUUCUUAGAUACGAGUUCGACCAUUGGGAUGAUGCCAUCCAUGGGUACCGAGAGAUUGAGCGAUCUGAUUGGUCGGAGCAGAGUCAGCCGAUCCUACAGCGCCUGCGGAGACUAGCGUUCCCUCCAGGUGUGGCACAGCUGCACCUGGUGCACGUGCUGGACUUGGCGAAGGAAGGCUGGAUCAAACCACACGUCGACAGUGUCAAGUUUGCAGGUAACACCAUAGCUGGCCUGAGUCUGCUGUCUCCAUCUGUGAUGAGACUGGUGCACAGUGACAACAAGGCCUGGGUAGCUGACGUUCUACUCAAACCUCGUUCUCUCUACAUCAUGAGGGAUGCCAUGCGGUACGAUUAUACCCACGAGAUAUUGAAGGCGGAAGAGUCCAAGUUCCGUGGGGAGGAGGUUCCGAGGAACAGACGAGUCUCUGUAAUCUGUAGAAAUGAGCCGCCUGUGCCGACAACUGACUGAGGAAACUUCCUUUGUAAAUUUAUUUUGUCAAUAUCUAGAACUA